UAGGGCUGCCGUGACUUUGGGAUAAAAGGGGGGGUGAAAGAAAAACCAAGUGGAAGAGAAGGGCUUGGGGCUGGAAGAGCUCCCCACCCCGCGUCGGUUUACGUUCUUGACCGUUUGUCGGGAUUUUUGAUUGCAAAUGGAGAAAAAGGUUGCGAGCCAAAGAGGACAUGCUGGAAAGAUGCCAGCCUUGGAUGGUCCAAAACGUGUUGUAGAAGCAAAGCACAAUUCUCAGAAUCAACCACCUACAGGGAGUUUGUCAACACAAGUGGUAUCUGCUCCUAACUCAGGCCAGCAAAGUGUACCACUUCAAACGCGGGUUAUGUCUGCCAAUUCGCUUCCAAUCAAGCGUCCAGUGUUAACAAAUCAAGUGAAACAGGCAGUGCAAGUGCCUUCCCAACUGAAACCGAUUUGCCAGAAAGAUGGUCAACAAACUUGUGAACCUCCUAAAAAUCAAACUAGUAUACAACCUGGUGAGGUGUCGAGUGAUGGAAAGACUACUGCGAGUGCAUCAACAGAUUGUCAUAGUACAAGUGAAAAGAAAAAGAAAAAGCAAUGGUGUUUGGAUGACUUUGAAAUUGGGCGUCCACUUGGGAAAGGUAAAUUUGGAAAUGUGUACUUGGCCCGUGAACGACAGUCCAGAUUUAUCCUGGCAUUGAAAGUGCUUUUUAAGUCUCAACUUGAGAAGGCUGGUGUGGAACACCAACUCCGAAGAGAAGUUGAAAUCCAAUCACAUCUCCGACAUCCUAACAUUUUACGGCUAUUUGGUUACUUUCAUGAUGCUUCUCGGGUUUAUUUGAUCUUGGAGUAUGCUCCCCGUGGUGAACUUUAUAAAGAGCUGCAGCGAUGUGGAAAGUUUGACGAUGGACGAAGUGCUACGUAUAUAUCCGAGCUGGCUGAUGCACUAGUAUACUGUCAUUCAAAGAAGGUGAUUCAUAGAGACAUUAAGCCAGAGAAUUUAUUACUAGGAGCAAAUGGAGAGCUGAAAAUUGCAGAUUUUGGAUGGUCUGUGCAUGCUCCAGCAUCCAGAAGAGCAACAUUAUGUGGUACCCUGGAUUAUUUACCACCAGAGAUGAUUGAGGGGAAAAUGCACGAUGAAAAGGUUGACCUUUGGAGUCUAGGUGUUCUUUGUUAUGAAUUUUUGGUAGGCCACCCUCCAUUUGAAGCAGCAGACCGUCAAGAAACCUUUCGGAGAAUUUCUAAAGUUGACCUUAAAUUUCCAUCCUUUAUAAUGGAGGGUGCAAAAGAUCUGAUCACUCGGCUGCUGAAGCAUAACCCAAACCAACGACUACCUUUGAAAGAUGUGCUUGAACAUUUUUGGGUGGUUAAGCACUCCAUUAAAUCGGCCUCCCAAAAAAAGGAACCUGUGACACCAUCUGAUCCCAAUCUGUAAACCAGGAAUGUAAAGGACAUGUAUAGAUUGAGACUUGGCAGUGCAAUAACCAUUUUGAGUGGCAGCAGCCACCAUAUUGUCUGAUUGGAGUGCUGGAAUCUUUCUUCCUGUCAGCAGAUGACUCUGGCUAAUAGAGAAUUGGUGAAUUUCUUAAUUUACCUCUUUGUACAUGUUUAGAAUUCACAAUUU